UCCCUUCACACUGACAAUCAGAGGUGAAAACGCCUCCGUUGUCACUGCUGCGCUAGAAAACGGCAGAUGUCUGGAUGAGCUCUCCUGGAUGAACCUGAGAAGAUCGUACUUUCCUCCGGACCACCUCCCUCACUCCUUAAAUCUCCUUAAGUUUUAUAGCUGAUACCGACUCAGUUGGUAGGAGAUUCCUUUGUUUCUUUUUUCCCGUUUUGGCUGAAAUGAGAAGAUCAGAGGCAACUGACAUGAGAGGGGACGCUCCCCAGAGAAGCAUGAAGACCACAUGCCUGUGGGCCGCUGCUGCGCUUCUGUCACUCAUCUCUCUAGCGACCAGCGCUGAUUCACCCAACUCAGGAAAUCCAGAGUUGAGACAGAGCUCCAAAUCCAAAGUGAAGACCUACUUGACUGAAAGCAACAAAGCUGUCUCCAUCAGCCGUCUGCUGUCUCAAACCAUCUAUGGAAAGGAGAACUUCACUUCAGUGGAUCUGAAUUACGAUGAGGCAGACUCCUAUUCCAAACAGGAGCAAUGGAACUGGCUUUACAACGUUUCAAUGCCACGUGAUCCUCGAUCUCGGACAAAAAGAAGGCCUAUUGUCAAGACUGGGAAGUUCAAGAAGAUGUUCGGCUGGGGUGAUUUUCAUUCAAACAUCAAGACUGUGAAGCUGAACCUUCUCAUCACAGGAAAAAUUGUGGAUCAUGGUAACGGCACCUUUAGCGUCUACUUCCGGCACAACUCGACCGGUCAGGGCAACGUUUCCGUAGGGCUCGUCCCUCCGACAAAGGCAGUGGAGUUCCAAGUCCACCAACAAAACCAACACUUCCACCACCAUCACCAGCAACAGCAGACAGCCCUGGAGACCAAGGACACCAAGCUCUUCAACUGCAGGGUGGAGUACGAAAAGGUGGAGAAGGGCACCAGGAAUUCGCUGUGCGCCCACGACCCCUCACAGAGCUGCCCGCAGGAGCAGACCCAGAGCCACGUGUCCUGGCUGUGCUCCAAACCCUUCAAAGUCAUCUGCAUCUUCAUCACCUUCUACAGCACCGACUACAAACUGGUGCAGAAGGUCUGCCCGGACUACAACUACCACAGCGAGACCCCCUACCUCCCCACCGGGUGAUCACAUGACCAAACAGGAAGCGAGAAAGCAACAGGCCCUGAGCUGCUUCAGUGUCUAACUUCAGACUUUUUUUAAAUUACAACAGACAUAUUCUUGUGACAAGACUGAUAUGGCUCCAGUGAGGAAUUUCAGCCUGAGGUCAUUGUGAGAGCGUUUAGAGAAGCACUUCUAGGCUUGCAAUACCCUUAUUAUAUGCUUAGCUGCUUACUUGGAAAGGAAGCUCUCAAGCCUACUGUGAACGUAUGCUUGUUGUAUUUAUGUAAAUAUUCUAGAUCCCACACACAAAAACAGUUUUAUUAAUGUUUUUCUCCUGCUAAUUUACUUGUUUAUGUUGAUGGUGCAUUUCCGUCUCAAUCAUGCUUCGUGUCUUCUUCAAUCAAUCUCUGGUAUCUUUGCAAAUGCAUAAAUGUCAAUGCAAAUAAGAAGAAUCUGUCAGUACGCGUUAGAGGGCGUAAUGGAAAAAGCAAACAUAUUUCGGGUGGUGUUGAUUUCUGCAGUAUGGUUCGUUAGAGUGAGUAUACCUCUCUGAUAUCUUUGUCGGACUCUCAUCUAUGUUCAUGCAUGAACCAAAUGUGGUGAACAGUAAAAUAAGGCCCAUUUAUAUUGUCAUUUUGUUGCACCUGUCAAAAGAAAUCUUCGUCAAGUCUCGACUGUGACAGGAAACAGAGAACAGUACUUUUGGUUUAAUUUUGUGUUGUGUGUUUGGAGGUUUUGACGCGACACUGGAUGACACCAUGGAGGAGCUCCAAACAGAUCAAAUAUGUUGCAAUGAAUAAAUAAAAGUUGCAGAAGACAUGUAAGAUGACAGAGAUACAGAAGGUUAUUUUCUGUGCAGUGCUUUAAAAAUAUUUAAAAAUAACUGUUCUAAA